AUGGACGGCAAACAUUCAAUAGAAGAGAGUUCCCGACAACCUCGCACAAGCUCAUCUAACAAAGCCGAUAUGCCACCGAGCAGCUCGUCCUCUUCAUCUUAUUCAUCAUCGCUGGUAAAACAGCAGACCAACCGGGUAGAUUCCGGGCCGCAGCAGAUGUCAGACGAACCAUCGAAAUCUGCCGAAGUAGCCGAGAGCGACAACCCGGCGCCAGAGGAGUGGAUUAGCGGCAUCCCGCUUUUUAUGGUGGUAUCCGGGGUAACGCUCGUGGUCUUUUUGAUGUUACUAGAUACCUCGAUCGUGGCGACGGCUGUCCCAAAAAUCACCAACCACUUCCACUCGUUGCAGGAUGUGGCUUGGUAUGGCAGUGCAUAUACACUUGCUAGCUGCGCGCUUCAACCCUUGACUGGAAAGUUCUACACGCAUUUCAAAUCGAAGGUGGUCUUCCUGAGCUUCUUUCUGCUCUUCGAGGUUGGAUCUUUGAUUAGUGGUGUUGCCAAUUCGUCCAAGGUGUUGAUCAUCGGUCGAGCCAUCUCUGGCAUGGGCACAUCAGGGAUGGUUAACGGGGCGCUGACGAUUAUUGCUGGAUCCGUUCCAAUGCACAAACGACCAGCUCUUAUUGGAAUCAUGAUGGGCCUUGCACAGCUCGGUCUCGUCCUCGGUCCUUUAAUCGGCGGCGUUCUGACGGAUAAAGCAAGCUGGAGGUGGUGCUUCUAUAUCAAUCUACCAAUUGGCGGACUUGUCGCCGUCCUCCUACUGUUCACUCGAGUUCCCGAGCAACGCAAGAAAGGCCGCGCCGUCGAUGUCCUCCCUACCUUCUUCAAAUCCUUCGACUUGAUCGGCUUCGUUCUCUUCGCCCCGGCAGCUAUAAUGAUCCUUCUUGCACUCGAGUAUGGUGGCAAUGAUUACCCCUGGAGCGACUCACGGGUGAUUGGACUUUUCGUCGGUGGAGGCGCUACAGCCAUCGUCUUUCUGGCAUGGGAAUACCGUACUGGCAAAGACGCCAUGAUUCCCUUUCACCUGAUCACACAACGCGUUGCAUACUUCAGCUACCUGAAUAUGUGCGUGCUCUUUGGCCUGACCAUGGUCAUCGCUUACUAUAUACCCAUCUAUUUCCAAGCUGUCAAGGGCGAUUCUGCUUUGACUAGCGGAGUGAACAUGUUGCCCAACAUUCUCGCCCAACUUGUCACGGCCGUUGCGUCUGGACUUCUUAUUGGGAAAUUGGGAUUCUACAUCCCCUGGGCCAUUGGUGGCGCUAUCUUCUGCGCGGUCGGCACCGGACUCCUGUCCAUGCUCUCCCCUACAACCGUAACUGCCGCGUGGGCAGGGUACCAAAUCAUCCUGGGACUUGGCCGCGGUGCGGCGACACAAGCUCCCAUGCUCGCCGUCCAGAGCAACAUCAGCCCUGACGACGUCUCCACAGCAAUGGCCAUCCUCACAUUCAGCCAAACCUUCGGCGGAUCGAUUUUCCUCGCCAUUGCCAACGUCAUCUUUACCGCCGGCCUCCGUGACCAGAUCCCGCGGUACGCCCCGCAUGUGAACCCCGAAAACGUUAUUGCGAAGGGUGCAACGGGGUUCCGUGAUGUUAUUGCAGCGGAGGAUCUUGCAGGGGUGUUGAGGGGAUAUGCCAAGGCCGUGGACUGGACGCUGUAUCUUGCUGCGGCGCUUUGUGUCGUGCAGUUUGCGUCGAGUUGGGGGUUGGGGUGGAAGGAUGUUAGGAAGAAGGAAGUUGCCGAGGACAGCGUGAAGGAUAAUGGGGGUGAAAAGGACGUUGAAAAGGGGGUGAAGGCUGAAGCCUAA